AUGGAGUUUAGGGAGGAAGGAGGAGAGCCAGUGAGCCCCACUGGCCAAUACUUCAACAGUUCUAUCUUAUCUGUUGCAAUUCUUGCAGUUUUGGAAUUUGAGGUUCCAAUCAAUGAUUCCCAAGCUCUCUCUUUGCUUCAAGAUGUCUUCCUCCCUAUCAACCCUCGCUUCUCUUCUAUCAUGGUACGUGACAACCCAGAUCAAAAGAAACAAUGGAAGAGGGUUGAAGUGAAGCUUGAAGACCAUGUUCAUGUCCCCAUUUUCCCUUCUAAAAUGUCACCAGAAUCCUAUGAUGAGUAUUUUGAUGACUACAUAUCAAAUAUAGCAGCAGAAAAACUCCCACAAAACAGGCCAUUAUGGGAAAUUCACAUUCUCAAGUACCCAACAAGCCAUGCAGCUAGUACCCUGAUUUUCAAGCUUCACCAUGCCCUAGGUGAUGGCUACUCUCUAAUGGGUGCUCUUCUUUCUUGUCUGCAAACUGCUCAAAACCCUUCUGUUCCUCUAACAUUUCCUUCCCUGAAGAGCUCAUCAGGACCAAAAAUUACUCACAUGACUAAAAUUGUCUCUCAGUUUUUCUCUUCAGUUAUCCAAACUGUAUCGGAUUUCAGUUGGAGCAUUUUGAAGAGCAGUUUUGUAGAAGAUGAUCGAACUCCGAUUAGGUCUGGGGAAGAUGGAGUUGAGUUUCGGCCAAUAACACUAUCAACAUUGACGUUCUCCAUUGAUGAAAUCAAACUGAUCAAGAACAAACUUGGAGUGGGAAGAGAAGGGGACCUUGGGUUUGAUCCGGAAGAAGGGAGAAAGAGGUUCCGAGAGAGAAAAAAGAAAAGAUUUUCUAACAGCCAAUCUAACGGCAUAGUCACGUUGCAAAACAUUUACAAAAUAAGGACGAUAAAUGAUGUGAUUGCUGGAAUAAUCUUCUUGGGCACCAGAAUAUACAUGCAAGAGGUUACCCAAAAAUCAAGCAAUGAACAUUGUACGGCAUUGGUGCUUCUCAGAACCAGAAACAUCGAGGGUUACACGUCAACUAAAGAGAUGAUCGAACACAAUAAUGCUAAUAUGUCAUGGGGAAACCAAUUUGCCUUCUUACACUUGCCAGUGCCCAAGUCAACUGAAACUUCAAAUCCACUCGACUUUGUUUGGGAAGCACAAAAAAUGAUCAAGAAAAAAAGAAGUUCUGCGACUAGCUACCUCACUAGUUGGCUAUUGGAUAUUUUGAAGAAAUUUAGAGGCCCUGAGGGAGCAGCUAGAUACAUUCAUGGCACGCUCAAGAACUCAAGCAUGACAAUCUCGAAUAUGAUUGGGCCAGUUGAAAAAAUGGCUUUGGACAAUCAGCCCGUCGGUGGCUUAUACUUCAUGGUGGUUGGUCCACCUCAGUGUCUUACUGUGACUGCACUUAGUUAUAUGGGAAAGCUGAGGGUUGCCUUCGGAGCUGAAAAAGGCUUCAUAGAUUCCCAGAAAUUGAAGGCGUCCAUGCAAAAUGCCUUUGGAGUAAUACUCGAAGCCUCCAACCCAAUUCCUCCUGCAAAGGCAUCGUAG